CUCUUGUUUUUAUACUCCCCCGUUAUUUCUGUAUCCCCUCUUGUUUUUAUACCCCCACUUAUUUUUACAUCCCCUCUUGCUCUCAGACUCUCCCCAAGCCCAGGAUGCUCUGGGGGUCUCUUUUUCAACCAAAUUCCAGUGCUGGGCUCCAUCCCUGUGGGUUUUCCAGCCAGCUCCUCCCUGCGCUGCUGCUUGUGGGGUGAUGAAGGAGAGGAGGAGGAGGAGGAGGCGCUCAGAGCGCCCUGCUCUGCUCCAGCAAUCCCUGCCUGGGAUUUUCCGUUCGCCUCUCCCCGCGUUUGGCCCGGAGCCGGGCGCAGCUCCUGUUUUUCGGAGCACAAAGCUGUGUUUGCAGGUGAAACCCAACGCCGGGAGCCUCCCCCUGCUCGGGGAGCGGAUGUGGGAGUUUCCUCCUCCUGGAGGCCUUCAGGGCGGCUUUGCCGGGAAACAAUCCCCGUUUGGGGCCAGGAGGCAGCGGCGGCUGCGUCAGCCCUGGAGCGGCUCCUGCGCUCUCCUCGUGGGGAUGGAUGGAUGGAUGGAUGGAUGGACGCGCUUUCCAAAUCUCCAGCCCGUAACCCUGAGCCCGGAUUGCGACACCGCGGCUGCCCCCGAAGCGGGGAGAGCUGCUCGGCGCGGGCUCUGCGGAGAUGUUAUCGCGCCUCUUGCACAACCAGUUAUUCCAGAGCUAUUCCACGGGGGGUUUGGGACGUGCUGUCCCUCCAUCCCUCCAGCUGUGCCACCCCCGAGCCUCGGGAAAAUGUCCCCGAGGUGUCACAUUCAAUUCCAGGUGUGUGUGUGCAGGGAUGGGAUGGAGAGAGAGGAGCAGCCGCUCGCUGAGCUGGUGCUGAGCCCCGUUUUCCCUCCUGUGCCACACUCAGCAUUCCUGUGCUCCCAUUCUCCUGCUCUCUGCCUGCUCCAGAGCCGCGGGGAUCUCAGCUUUCAGCCCCAGCCCAGCUGUGCCACCCCCGAGCCUCGGGAAAAUGUCCCCGAGGUGUCACAUUCAAUUCCAGGUGUGUGUGCAGGGAUGGGAUGGAGAGAGAGGAGCAGCGGCUCUCUGAGCUGGUGCCGAGCCCCGUUUCCCCUCCUGUGCCACACUCAGCAUUCCUGUGCUCCCAUUCUCCUGCUCUCUGCCUGCUCCAGAGCUGCGGGGAUCUCAGCUUUCAGCCCCAGCCCAGCUGAGGCUGCAGAGGGAAGCAGAAAAUGCUGCU